UCAAAAAUUUAAAACGUAAAGAUAAACAAAACUUACCAAAUCGGAUAAAUAUGACAUUUGAAAUGUUUAUACAAUACGUUAUCGAUCGUAAAUUGUAAUCAAUUAUUUUUCAACAACUCUCAAAAAGCCAGAGGCGCCAAACUUGACUACUCAAGUAAAAUUCCGAGUUAUCAUAAGUAUAGGUAUUGUGAAUUGCGCUAAACUGCACAACUAGCACGAGUCACAAAAUUAUAAGUUUGAGUUCAUUGCAAUUAUUAUUUAUUUUGUUCCAGAUCUUUUAUCUAAGCAAUUAGAAAAAUUAUAUUUUAUAUGAUGAGUGGUAAGACAAAACAAAAAAAAAUGGCUGAUUAUAUCACAACAACAGCAGAUAACUCAAAAAAAAGAGCCCGAAAUAACGACGGAGAUGAUUCAGAAUCUAAAAAGCCCAAAUCGGAACAAGUUGAUUUGAACAAAAUAAAUUUUGAUUGUGAAAAAAAAAAUGCUAAAGGCCUUACUUGGAAUCUAAAAAUUGUUUCAUGGAAUGUUGCUGGUCUUAGAGCAUGGCUGAAGAAAGAUGUUGUACAAUAUCUUAAAAAAGAAAAUCCAGAUAUAAUUUGCUUGCAAGAAAUUAAGUGUACUGAAAAACAAAUGCCAGAUGAAGCAAAAUUACCUGGAUACAAAGUAUACAUUAAUUCAGGUGACAAGGCUGGUUACUCAGGAGUAGCUUUAUAUUCUAAAAAACAGCCUAUUAGUGUGAGAAUGGGAAAAGAAAUAAAAGAGUUGGAUGAUAAUGAAGGUCGUGUUAUUGAAGCUGAAUAUGAACAAUUUUUCUUGGUUUCUACUUAUAUUCCAAAUGCAGGCGCAGGAUUAAAAACUUUACCAAAAAGAAUGAAAUGGGAUGAGGAAUUUCGUAAAUACUUGAAAGAGUUGGAUACUAAGAAACCAGUUGUAUUAACUGGAGAUUUGAAUGUUGCUCAUGAAGAAAUUGAUAUUGCAAACCCAAAAACAAAUACAAAAAGUGCAGGUUUUACUAAAGAAGAAAGAGAUAAUAUGUCAUUACUUCUUGAACAAGGAUUCAUUGAUACAUUUAGGACAUUAAAUCCUGAGAAAACUGGAGCCUACACUUUUUGGACAUAUUUUCAUAAUGCAAGAGCUAAAAAUGUUGGAUGGAGACUGGAUUAUUUUAUAUCAUCAAAAAGAUUCAUGGAUAAUGUAUGUGAUAGUGUUAUAAGAAGUGAAGUACUAGGUAGUGAUCACUGUCCAAUUGUGUUUUACAUUAAUGUUUGAUCAUAAAAAUAUUUUUGAAAUAUUGUAAGACUUACAAAUUAUAAAUUGUACAAAUUACUUCUGUAAGUAAUUUA